AUGCGCUCUUGUCAUUGUGGAAAAGUUAAAUUCAAAGUAAAGUCUAAUACACCUGUACCAUAUAUGAGAUGUUAUUGUUCCAUAUGCCGUAAACUUGAUGGUGGAGGUGGAUAUAGUAUUAAUAUUAUGGGAUUGAAUGAUACACUUGAAGUUGACGGAAUGGAAAAUGUCAAGACAUAUUAUUAUCGUGGAAUUAAGGAUAAAUCUUUACCUAAAAAACAACAAGAGGAAUGUUGCGAAAAAAUAAUUAUCAAUGUUGAAACAAGAGGAAUUACAGAAACUAAAGAGGACGCAGCGAGAAUAGCAAGAAAUUUGGUAAAUGAAACAGGAUAUGGAACUCUUGUUACUAUUAUGAGCGAAAAUGAAGAUCAUAUGAAAGGAUAUCCAAUUGGACUUCUUGAAUAUUUAUCAGAUGAUUGUCCAUCCACUGGAGAUCCAUUAUUACUUUUGAGUCAUGUACAGCUAAAUGUUCGCAAUGCUUUUGAUGAUGGACUGAGAGCUUCUCUGUCGAUUCGUAAAUUAAGUUCCAAGAAAUCAUUUUUUCCUUUCGCUGAACCAAGAUUAAAUUUAUUUGGUAAAAUAACAAGGGUUAACGAGAGUGAGGAGAAUGAUGUUAAAAAUUGUUAUCUAGAGAAACAUCCAAAAGCUCGUUAUUGGCUUCCUGGCAAAGUUCAUUCAUUUCAUUUCUAUCGAUUUAAAGUUCAAGAUAUUUAUUUUAUUGGAGGAUUUAUUGAAGAGAAACUAUAUCAUGAGACAACUCUAGAUGGUGGUUCUGAUGAUAUUUGUGAAGAAUGA